AUGCUGCGCCGAAAAAAUGUAAAAUUCACAUGGGGUACAGCACAACAACAAGCAUUUAUAGCUCUUAAAACGCAUAUUCUCAAUGCAGCGCAAUUAGCACAUUAUCAGGAAGAUUUACCGUUGGUUCUAGCUACAGAUGCCUCCUCCUAUGGCAUAGGAGUCGUGCUCUCGCAUACGUACGUUGACGGUCUAGAAAGGCCUAUUGCUUUUGCAUCUAAAACUCUCGACAUUCAUCAACGACGAUAUAGUCAGAUAGAGAAGGAAGGGCUAGCUAUCGUUUUUGGAGUCAAGCGUUUCCAUCAAUAUUUAUACGGAAGAAGAUUCACCUUGGUUACUGACCACAAACCUCUUGUUAGCAUUUUUAAUCCAAUUCAUCAGUUGCCGUCGAUGACGUCACAUCGUUUACAGCGAUGGGCUAUUAUACUAAUGGCUUAUCAGUAUGAUGUUCGGUAUCGUAAAACUACUGAGCAUGGAAAUGCCGAUGCUUUAUCUCGUUUACCUGUUGGUGAAGACAAAACUUUUGAUCAUGAAGAAUCCUGUUUCAACAUCAAUGAACUUAACACACCUAUCGACGCUGAAAUAAUUCGUCAGCAUGCCAAAAAUGACCCAAUUCUUCGCCGAACGGAGUACAACCGGGUUGUCAUUCCAGCCUCCCUUAAGCAGAAAAUUCUUAAACUUCUUCAUGAUGGUCAUUGGGGAGUAUCGAGAAUGAAACAGCUAGCUCGACAACAUGUCUGGUGGACUAAUAUUGACAAAGACAUCGCACAAUUAACUGAAAAUUGUGAUGUGUGCAAAAUUGCAAAUCCUGUUCACGCACGUGAAUACUUAAGCUGGCCUGAAGCUGAUCGACCUUGGGAGAGAGUACAUAUCGACUUUGCUGGUCCAUUUUGUAAUUCAAUGUGGCUAAUUUGUGUCGACGCUUUCUCACAAUUUCCGUUCGUUGUACAACUAUCUACAACAACAACGGCUGACACCAUAUCAGCAUUGUCUUCUAUAUUUUCUCUGGAAGGUAUACCAGAAACCAUCGUAAGUGACAAUGGUCCGCAAUUUACAGCUGAAGCAUUCAAACAUUUUUGCUCAAAACUUGGCAUCAAACAUAUAACAACAGCGCCGUUUCAUCCAGCCUCAAACGGGUUAGCCGAACGAUUCGUCAGAUCUUUUAAAACUGCUGUUCAGAAAAACAUUGACGAUGGAUUGUCUCUCAAAUUCGCUGUAUCAAAAUAUCUUGCAACAUAUCGUGCAAUGCCGAAUGCUGAGGGUAAAUCACCUGCAGAACUUUUACAUGGAAGGCCUGUUCGUACCUUGUUGAGUCAACUGUUUGAAUCGCCUAGAAAGCACCUUGAAGCUUCGAAACGGAAAAUGAAAUUUAGUCUAAAGCAACCCGUCUUCGCUCGAAACUACGCAAGAGGGGAAAAAUGGAUAAAAGGAGUUAUUGUGAAACAACUUGGCGACCUGCACACACAAGUACGCGGUCAGAAGAAGGAGAAGGUUGUGAAAGGUUGA